UGACAAGAUCACGACCGUCCAUUCAGUCGCUCUAAUCCUACACAUUCGGAAAACAUAUUAAGGCAUCUGAGAUAAAAAAACUACAACUUCACAGUCGGCUGUAACCAACGGAUAGAAACAGACGUUUGGAAUCGUCAACCACAAGACGCGAAGAUGUCCGGAAAAGACAGGAUUGACAUCUUCCCCUCCAGAAUGGCCCAGACCAUCAUGAAGGCCAGGCUGAAAGGAGCGCAGACCGGUCGCAACCUGCUGAAGAAGAAAGCUGACGCCCUCUCCAUGCGCUUCCGUCAGAUCCUUCGCAAAAUUAUUGAGACGAAGACCAAGAUGGGAGAGGUGAUGAGAGAGGCUGCAUUUUCUUUGGCUGAAGCCAAGUUUGCAGCUGGAGACUUCAGCACAACUGUAAUCCAGAAUGUCAACAAGGCCCAGGUCAAGGUCCGAGCCAAGAAAGACAACGUGGCAGGCGUCACUCUACCAGUUUUUGAGCACUACCAGGAAGGCGGGGACAGUUAUGAGCUCACUGGUCUGGCCAGAGGUGGAGAGCAGCUGUCCAGGUUGAAGAGGAACUACGCCAGAGCUGUGGAGCUGCUGGUGGAGCUUGCUUCCCUACAGACCUCCUUUGUGACUCUGGACGAAGCCAUAAAGAUUACCAACCGACGUGUGAACGCAAUAGAACACGUGAUUAUUCCGAGGAUCGAUCGCACUCUCACCUACAUCAUCACAGAGCUGGACGAGAGAGAACGAGAGGAAUUUUACAGGCUGAAGAAGAUCCAAGAGAAGAAGAAGCAGCUCAGAGAGAGGACAGAACGUGAGAUCGAGGCCCGCCUGGCCAAGCUGGGUCCCAUCGCGGAGCCUGCGAACAUGCUGACGGAGGAAAAUGACGAAGACCUGCUGUUUGAGUGAAGAGUGUUGACAGAAGAUUUCAACCAUCAACCAUAUUUAUUCUGUGCCUCUCUGGCCAAACGUCUCCUUCUCCCGCAAUUGAUGAGUGUGUUUUUGUGAACGUGUCGUCGUCGAUGAUUUUGUUCUUCAGUGCCGGAGCGACUGUGUGUUCGCACGUGUGUCACUGUACAGAUAUUGUGUGAUGAAGCAUUGAUAUAAUGUGUGUCGUUGAAACUCAUUCCGUCUGAUGAAUCACCUGUAGAUACUUGUGUUUGAUCUGAGUAUUUAAAGCCGCUGCAUGCUGUAAAACUCAAAGUGACAGUGUGAGUCCGUGUUGUGGACGUCUGUACCACUGCUGACCUCAUAUCACAGGGGUCGCUCUUGUCUCCACUGUAAAAAUGUGUCACCAAGGCCUGAGACGACUCAUCCAAAUAAAGAUGUUCUAAGUAUCA